ACAUUUACAGAACUUCUCUGAGACUGGGCGAGACGAGGUCGCCUUUUAAAACUUUGUCCGCAACUCAAAACUUGAGGUAGGAGUUUCGCACUGAAACCAUCGAAACGUGCUUUCCUCUUGCCGUUUCAGAUAAAUCUUCAUCAUGUGGCAGGGCCUGCUUGUCGUGUGCCUCAGUUGUGUAUUCCAUGGCGUGACAUCUGACAUCAGAAUUGACGCAUCAUCGGAGCUCCAGAGGAUAAUCCACCAGUUCUGGGAGUGGCGGUUGAUGGAGAGUCCAGAAUUUGGCACAAAGUAUGGCCUCUAUAAAUACGAGGACAGGGUGGAGGAAUACACGUUUGCGGCUUUUGAUAGGAGGAAGGCAAAGGCAGACCAACUCUACCAAAGCCUGAAUAAUGUAUAUGACUUUCAACUGAAAGGCCAAGACAAGAUCAGUUAUGCUGUACUCAAGAGCUUACUUGAAGCUUUUCGGAUGGGUUAUAAGUUCAGGUACUACGGACCGAUGAACCCGUCGAAUAGCAUGGGCAACCCCGUAUCGGAGUGGAAGAAGUACAUAUCAUGGAUGAGGAAGAAGACAUACAAGGACUUUGAGAACAUAAUAUCUCGAAUGGAGAAGAUCCCGAAACAGAUGAACCAGUUUAUUGUUUUCCUUCAAAAGGCUAUUGAUAUGAAGACCACGAACCACGCGAAAGCUAUGACUGGCGUUGUCGAAAGCAUGGAUGCUUUUCUCGCAACACAACUCAACGACACCUUCUUCUUUGCGCCGUUUAUAGAUAUGCCAACCACCAUCAGUUCAUUCAAUAAGACCAAGUUAAGGAACAAAGCUCAAAGAAUAAUCAAGGACCAAGUUUUCCCCGCCUUCAAUAAACUCCGGGACUUUACAGCCAAUACGUAUAUGAAGCACCUCCGCCCUCACAUCGCAGCGGUCUCUAUGCCCAAUGGAACGAAGUACUAUGAGGCCUGUCUCAAAUGGCAUCUCUCGCUUGACAUGUCGCCAGAGGAGAUUCACAAGAAAGGACUCAAGGAAGUCGGUAGCAUUGAAGUCAAGAUGAUUAAGAUCAUGAGAGAAAACAAGUUUUAUGGAACCAUAAAGGAAUACGUUGCAAAACUGAACGCUGAUCCUGCAAACCACUAUACCACAGAGGAGGCCAUGUUGCAAGGAUUCCGAGAUCUCAUCCACAACAAAAUCAGGAGUAAACUUGGCAUUGUCUUACCCAUUGAGGCUGUACCGGAACUAAAGCUUGAGGUUAGGAAAUCCGAGAAUACAGGUGGAGCCACUGGUAGAUACACUGAGCCCCCAGUGGAUGGAAGCAGGCCUGGCAUCUUCUGGGCAAACGUCUACCAACCACAGACAAGGGCGAAAUAUAACAUGAUGGCAUUGGCGCUCCACGAGGCUGAGCCAGGACACCACACCCAGGCUUCUUAUAACUAUGGCAACAAUCUCCCGCUGUUCAGACGUCUGAUCGAAUACAGGAAAUACUACGCUGUCCCUUACAACUGGCCCUUCUUCACUGCUUAUAUUGAGGGCUGGGCUCUAUAUGCUGAAUCUCUUGGCGAAGAAAUGGGUGUAUAUCAGGGAAAUGAUUAUUUUGGUAGAUACACUUCAGAAAUCCACAGAGCAGCACGUUUGGUUGUCGACACUGGCUUGCACUACUACAACUGGACGUAUGAAAGAGCUGAAGACUAUUUCUCCAACUACACAGCCUUGUCACCUCAACAAAUAAAGAAUGAACUCAACAGAUACAUUAGCUUGCCAGGACAGGCCGUCUCCUACAAGAUAGGUGAAAUGAAAAUCAAAGCAUUGCGCAAACUUGCUCAGCAAAGACUUGGUAAGCAGUUUGAUCUUCGUUCGUUCAACAACGAGACACUUUUUAUGGGACCCGUUCCAAUGAAUACGAUGGAGGAGCAAAUCAGACUGUGGAUUAAUCGACAAAUACGGACAGCGGGGGCGCCACGGGUCUCAUUCUGUUUCUUAACUACCUUGGUGAUGCUUCUCGGCAUUUUCUUCGCAAAUUAGGUAAACCGACGACAAAGAGAAACCUAUUUCUCAUACGCUCAUGGGACAUCCUGAAACAUCUUGACCACCAAGGUUUUUGUGUCUUAUCAAGAUACCCAAGUUAGGAAUAUAAGACCAUGAGGUUCAGGAUGAUCCUGAAGUAGAUACGUGUAGAUAAGUGUCUUUUGUGUAAAUACUAAAGUAGUACUUUUAUCUUCGUAGUUGUCAGAGGGACACGAAUGACCUCUUUCUAUUCUACUCAUGUCGUUACUGAUUUACAUGUAUAUCUUGAUAUUAGUGAAAUAAUAAACACUAUAACUUUAGUACCCCCACGUAUAUGGCACGGCUUAACCCGCCGGCCAUGAGGGAAUUCCUUUAUGGCGACCUUCCCACGCGAUGCGAGCUCUGGAUUUGUAGUUCGGUACUGAGACGCAUGAAGCGCUAAGUAGGAUCGGACGAUCCAUCUUUGUCCGAAGGGGGGAAUGAUGUAUAGUACCCCCAGGUAUAUGGCACGGCUUAACCCGCCGGCCAUGAGGGAAUUUCUUCAUGGCCCAGUGGUUGGCGCGUUGGCCCCAGCGGAAUGGAAGUUGAGCAACGUUGAGCGCGGUCAACCUUUGGAUCGGUGACCGGCGCGUACAAUACAAUAACAACAUGUAUAUUUUGAUAUUAAUGAAAUAAUAAACACUAUAACAAAUGA